GGGGAAGCGAAACACCAUGGUCAAGAUCGCAAUUGCAGGCGCAAGCUCUGGUUAGUCGCAUGGACCGCUCACAAACAGCAACAAGUCCAAAUUUUUGACUUUAAAUGACUACAGGGCUGGGCCGUGAAGUACUUGAUACACUUGUUGGCACUGGUAAACAUGAGAUUCUUGUUCUCGGCCGAGGGGAUUCUUCAAAUAGUGGUGUCUUGCCAGGCGUCAUAAGGAUACAAACUGCAUUUGAUAACCACACAGAGCUUGUUACUCUACUUGAUGAUGUCCACACUCUGCUAUGUUUCUGGAGCCCUGCCAAAGACCCUGGCGCGGAGGCCCAGAAACGUCUUGUCAAUGCCGCCAUCGACGCCGGUGUAAGGCGCUUUGCACCUAGCUCUUGGUCAACUGGUUCAAAGCUUGAGGAAUGUCUUGACGUAUAUCCGUUUUACGCGAGCAAGUUGGCAAUGCUAGACUACUUGCAAGAGAUUAAUAAAGAUAAAAAGGUUAUCGAGUAUACCUCUUUUGAAGUGGGAAUGUUCAUGGAAUUCUUAGCGUAUCCUCAACAAACGACAAAGCACAUUUCUCCUAUCCCCGGUAUUGUUCUACUCAACGAUAAGAGAAUAAUCGCUCUCGAGGGUCACUUGGAUGAUGCUCUCACCUUCACCUCGGUCGAAGACAUUGCUGGCGUCGUGGCUGUAGCGGUUGAAUACCAAGGGGAGUGGCCCGCGGUUGGUGGUAUCAAUGGUGAUCGACUCAGUCUCCGUAGUAUUCAAAGGAUAGCCGAAAAGCUAUACGGAACACCAUUUAGAGUCGACAUUCUCCAACAGUCCGACGUCGAAGCAGGCGUCGUCAAAUUGGACGACUUGCCUGCUAUAGAACAUGCAGCCAUUCCCAAAGAAAAAAGAGCACAAUUUGCAAAGCUCGCUACACGCGGUCUAUUGUUAUCAGCUGCACGUGGUGCUUGGACAGUGACGGAUGAUUGGAAUAAGCUUCUUUCAAACUACAAAUUUACUAGCGUUGAGGACUUUGUAGCCAGAUUAAUAAAGCCGGCAGAUGCCAACUAAAGACAAUGAUAUAAUGUGGUAAAUUGAAAGAUCAAAGCUAGAAUACCUGAUUUUAGC